AUGCCACGCGUGUUUGGCCUGGUCAAGCCGGCACUCGAGCCCAGCCAGGGAAAGGAAAGCGUCUUCGACCUCUUCGCCAGCCUCAAGGCGCCGGGCAUGCGUGACUGGAAGCUGGUGGAUCCUGUGAGCCGGCCCGCGCUGCUGCCGCCGUCAACGCCGGCGCUGCUGCAGCCGACUCGGCAUCAUCAGCCAUCGCCGCCGCCGCCGGGCCACCCUCCUCGCGCGCCGUCGCAGCUCCACCCACCACCACAGCAGCCGCCGCAGCCGCCGCGCCCGCCGCCGCCACAGACGCCGCGCCCGCCGCCCGCCGCCCCGGAGCUGUGCUACACGGACCUUCACCGCCGGUUUUCGUGGCUCAACGUGUACACGGCCCAGUCGCUCGCCUCCACCUUCUCGAAGAAGGAGCUGAGCUUCAUUCUGCGACGCCACUCGAUCCAGCGGGGCGGGAAGAAGGAGGACCUUGCCCUCGAGCUCAUGGCGUUGAUAAGGUCCGACGGUCUUUCGGCGCCCGACGAUCCCAUCGUGGGGUUGUUCGCUGCCAACGUCGCGCCUGCCGAGUCGCAGGACGAGACCCAGGCGCCUCCCGGCUGGCUGGCCGACGGCGGAGCGGCGUGCAGCCAGAGCUUGGCGGCCGCUGAUGCACCGGCUUCGUUUGGCUUCUCAAACGGCAACGUCGAGUCGCAGACAGAGCAGCAGUCGCAGUCGCAGCAGUCGCCCUGGAUGGGCAUCGACCGCGUGCCAUCACAAGCGGCGGCCGUACAGCCAAAGGCAACCCUCCCGUCCACGCCCAGGACGGUCGUGCCGAGACCCUCCACAGCAGUGCCCCCUCCAUCGUCGCAGCACCCCGACUGCAUUACGCCGCCGGAUUUGGCACGAGAAGCGGUUGCGGUGGUGCAUCCGCCACGCCGCACGAUCGGUCUGAGCGCCGCGGAGCGGGAGCUGAUCGAUCGGCUCAAGAGCGAGGCCGCGGUUGCGGGCGCCAUUUGGCCAGACUUUGACGCCCUGCGGUUGGACUUCUCGCUGAUGCCGCGCAAGGCGAGCCGGAGUGACACUCUCUGCUCCGAGGUCGCUGCGUCUGCAUCGCGUGGCGUCGAUCGUGGCGGGGCCCUCUCCCCGAGUGCCGUGGGGCCACUCGCCCAUUCGCCUCCGGCGGCAGCUUCACUUGGUGCGCGGUCGUCCGGCGAGCCCGGCGUGGAACACUCUGCGCUCGCUCCAGAGCCAGCGCCGAAGCGGCCACGGCAGGGAAAGAGUGCCGAGGAGGUGAGCGAUCUGAUCAGCAAGGCACGGAGGAUCGUGCGCGGCGUCAGCGAGCAGCAAGCGGCUUCCGCGCUCGCCGCGGCCGACUACUGCCUGGGGCCAGCCUUGGCGGCGUUGCGGCGUGCACUCCAAGAGCAGCUGCGAAGCCGCGACGAGGCCGACGAGUCGAGCUCCUGUGUCGCCGCCGCCGACCGGAAGCGCCGCCCCGUGCAGCGCUCCCUCGGGCUCUGCUUCGCGGGCGGGCCGUCGCAGACGGCCGGCCUCGAGGACAGCGCCGGUUCGGGCGGCGGCUCUCGGAGCUGUGUCGGUCUCGAGCGACUGGAGCGGGGCGCAAGCGAGUGGCGCGAUGCGUGUGACUCGGGCUCCGAGACGACGAUGGGGGAGCGCUCGGACCUCGAUGAUGGCGAUGCCACCGAGCGGGAGGCCCGGUCAGAUGACGGCUCUGACGACGGGUACCACGCAGACGGGUACGGCUCGCUGUCGUGA